AUGCCCGAGGCAUCACUACAGCCGAUCGGUGCAACGAAUAUUGUCCAAGGCUCAUGCAGACCAUUUUCAUCCCGACCAAAAGUGCCGCCCUGCUUCCUCAAGAAGGAAAUCCCGUACUCAAUCAAGUACGUCGGCUAUUGGAGUAGCGCAAUUUCGUAUCUCCAGAUUUUGGCCGAUUAG